UGUCGCAUCGCGUCAAAGGAAAUUCUUUUUCUUUUCCUUUCACUCAUACACUGAACUAGCCAGGAUUCCCCUUUCUUUCCUCCUUCCUUUCUUUAUCUCUUUGAUUUUCAUCAUUCAAUUGGGCUUCUCUUUCCCGGAUCUACCGGAUCUCUUGCUUAUAAACAACGCUUGACACCCCGAGUAUCUUGCGCAGAGACCCGUCGGCACAUUCGCGCGCAGAAAAACGCUUUUCGCAUCCUAAUUCACAACCAUGCCUCCCAAAAGGGCAGCAAGCGCACAGUCCAAGGCUGCUGCUGCAAAGCCGAAAACCACCAGGGCUGCCGCCGCCACCACCACCACGAAGAAGACUACUGCUGCUGCAACUAAAGAAUGCACAACGAAAACCGCCACGACUGCUAAGAAGUCGAGCACCGCUACUUCCAAGGCCAAAGCUAGCGAGCCUGCGAAAUCGCGCAAAACGAAGACUACCGCUGAGGCUGCUACGACUGCGCCGGCUUCCAAGAAGCGCAAGGCCGCAUCCAUUGAUCGCGAAGAGCCCGUUCCGCAACCCAAGAAGACUCGCGUCACCAAACGUGGUGCUACUCCCAAACCAAAGCCACCGAAAGUUGUCAUCAACACUGUGCCCUCAACGUGCUUGAACGUUUACGUCUUCGGAGAAGGUAGCUCCGGUGAGCUUGGGUUGGGCCCUGCAAAGAAUGCCGUCGAUGUGAAGCGGCCGCGCCUCAAUCCUCUUCUGCCUGCGGAUAGGGUUGGUAUCGUCCAAGUUGCGGUUGGUGGUAUGCAUUGUGUUGCUCUCACGCAUGACAAUAAAAUCUUGACUUGGGGCGUCAAUGAUCAAGGCGCGCUCGGAAGGAACACUACUUGGGAGGGUGGCUACAAAGACAUUGAUGAUGCCAACAAGAGUGGUUCAGAUGAUGAUUCAGAUGAUGAUUCAGACGAUGACUCUGGUCUGAAUCCUCACGAGUCUACUCCCACCGCUAUUCCAGCGGAGUCAUUUCCCGAGGGCACAGUGUUCGUCGAAGUGGUUGCUGGUGACAGUUCUAGCUUUGCCUUGACCGACGAUGGCCUCGUAUAUGGCUGGGGAACUUUCAGAAGCAACGAUGGUAUUUUGGGUUUUGAUGCUGAGCAUAAAGUUCAAUCGACACCAUCCCCUAUUCCGUCGCUGAAGAAAAUCAAGCAUUUGGUGUGUGGAGACAACCAUGUUCUUGCAUUAAAUGAAAAGGGUGCUGUCUUCUCAUGGGGCUCUGGCCAGCAAAAUCAGUUGGGACGACGUAUCAUUGAGCGCAACAGAUUGCAUGGUCUACAGCCUCGGGAAUUCGGUCUUCCAAAGAACAUUGUGCACAUCAGCUCCGGUGCUUUCCACUCCUUUGCCAUCCAUGAAUCCGGAAAGGUGUACGCCUGGGGACUAAAUAGUUUUGGCGAAACCGGAAUUCGGGAAGGCGCUGGUGAUGCAGAAGCAGCUAUUGUGCAUCCUACCCUUGUGAAAUCUCUAACAGAGAAGAGCAUUACUCAGAUUUCUGGUGGUGCUCACCACUCCAUGGCUGUGAACAAGGAGGGACACUGCCUUGUGUGGGGCCGACUUGACGGUUAUCAGACUGGUAUGAAAAUUGACAAUCUCUCGGAUGAAGUGGUGAUCAAGGAUGAGCGCGAUCGCCCUCGAAUCUUGAUUGAACCCACAGCUGUUCCGAGUAUCAAUGCCAGUGUCGUCGCAGCCGGAUCGGAUCACUCGCUUGCUAUUGAUGUGGACGGCCGUGCGUGGUCGUGGGGCUUUUCUGCGACUUACCAGACCGGACAGGGUACGCAGGAUGAUAUCGAAAUCGCGACAGUGAUCGAGAACACCGCUAUUCGCGGCAAGAAGCUGAACUGGGCUGGUGCUGGUGGUCAAUUCUCCGUCUUGACCGAACCCGCCAAUCAAUGAUUGUGUGUACUUUCCAUAACUUUCUUGGUGAACAAUUUCAACCGGCCUUUUAACUUGCAAGCCGUGUUGGAACGCUGUCUUAAUUCGGUGUUCUAUAUACUGAUUUGGUGGUUUUGUACUGAUAUUAUUAUUAUUUCCUUGUGUUAGUGGCCGGGCGAACAUUGUAUGUAAUAAGUGGUGCUUUCCGGUUGCUGAAUAGAUUGAUUCCUUUAAAUUCCUCAGCAGCGUUCGCAUUGACACGUACCCGGCUCGACACCUU